UGCGACUGGGCGGUCUCCCAAACCCGAUAUUAUUUUCCAACGUUUAACUCUUUCUUCUCUCUCUCCUGUGUGGGACAGAGAUUGCAUUUGCCAGUGACACAGUGUGAGUGAAGAACACAGGAACACACCCCUCUUUCUCUCUCACUCAACUAACUUCAUGUUCCUCGCUCUCACAUAAUGUUAAGUUACAGGCCACUGCAUUUUUGUUUUCUGCUCACAUUUUUCUUCUCCACUUCCUUUCUCUUGUCACUCCAAGCCUCAGGACAAGAAAAUGAAGGAAAGGAUGUGCGCUUUUCCCGGUUGAUUGCAUAUGCCGCUGCUCCGUUCGAGAACUCAGCUCUUCCCUUAGCUGCAGAGAGAACACAUAGAAAAGACCCUCUCAAUGGCUUCAAUAAGUACAUUUAUGGAUGGAAUAUCAGUGACAGCCAUUAUUGGGCUUCUGUGGCAUAUACUGCAGUUCCAGUGUUUAGUAUUGCAGCUGUCUGGUUCUUGGGCUUUGGCUUGUGCUUAUUGAUCAUCACUGUUUGUUACUUCUGUCGUAAAAGAGAGCCUUAUGGUUAUUCGCCAACAUGCUAUGCCCUUUCCCUUAUUCUCCUGAUAUUAUUCACAUUUACAGCAAUGAUUGGAUGUGCAGUUCUCUACAUUGGCCAAGGAAGUUUUCAUCAUAGCAUGACGUCAACAUUGCAGUAUGUGGUAAAUCAAGCUGAUUCUACUGUGGAUAAGCUUAGGAAUGUGUCAGAUUAUCUUGCUCAAGCUAAGCAGGUUGGAAUUGAUCGAGUUUUUCUCCCCACUAAUGUUCAAACUGAUAUUGAUGAGGCAGAAACAAAUAUCAAUAACUCUGCGGGCACACUUGCUGAUAAGACAAAGGAGAAUUCAGACAACAUACGAGAUCUCUUAGAUUCUGCGAGGCUGGCACUAAUCAUAAUAGCUGCCGUAAUGCUAGUCUUGACAUUUCUUGGAUUUUUAUUCUCAAUUUUUGGCAUACAGCUCCUUGUGUAUAUCUUGGUAAUCGCAGGAUGGGUUCUUGUUACUGGCACCCUUAUAUUAUGUGGCUUGUUCCUUGUUCUCCAUAAUGCGACAGCAGACAGUUGUGUGGCUGUGAAUGAGUGGAUCCAGUAUCCCACUGCACAUACAGCUAUGGACGAUAUUCUUCCCUGUUUGGACAACGCCACUUCUCAAGAAACACUGUCACGGAGCAAAGAAGUGACUUCUGAACUAGUCAAUUUGGUCAACCAAGUUAUCACCAAUGUCUCCAACUUAAAUUUCGCCCCCAAUUUCACUCCACUCUACUAUAACCAAUCUGGUCCCUUGAUGCCGCUCCUCUGCAAUCCCUUCCAUCCUGAUAUGACAGAUAGGCAAUGUGAUGCUGGUGAAGUGACCCUAAGCAAUGCAACACAGGUGUAUGGGAAUUUUGUGUGCCAGGUUUCACCAUCUGAGAUAUGCAUGACCCAGGGGCGUCUAACCCCUACCUUCUUUAACCAAAUAUCUGCUGGAAUAAACGUGGGCAACGCAUUGUAUAAUUACGCCCCGUCCCUGAUUGAGCUUCAAGAUUGCACGUUUGUUCGAGAAACUUUAAGCGAUAUAUCCAGCGACCAUUGUCCUGAUUUACGGCGUUAUAGUAGAUGGAUCUAUAUUGGAUUGGUAAUGGUCUCUUUUGCUGUCAUGUUCUCCUUGAUCUUCUGGAUCGUGUAUGGCAGAGAGCGAAGACAUCGUCUUUAUGCAAGGGAGUCAAAGGACUUUAAUCCUUCGCAUGCACCACCACCAGGACAAACAUUAGCGUUAGCUCAGAUCCCUGAAGGGGACAAGGAUAAUUAAGCAAACUAAUUCAUAAUGAUGUUGCUCUUCCAUGUGUGAACUAUGUUUAGCUUUUCCCGAUGUUGGGUGUAUAAUGUUGUAGCUUCUUUGUAUGACACACUAGUUUUUUAAAAUGACAUGUCAUUAU